UCAGUAGUAUUUCGUCUUGAAGCACAGCUUGAAAGAGGCGUCUUUGCUUCUCCUAAAAACGAUCCAGAAUGUCAACAACUCAAAAUAAUUCUAUACAGUUGUAUGAAUUGAUCAUGAGUGACAGCUUUCCAUCCAAACAAAUACCUUUUGAUUUUUUUCAACCAUAUAUGCAAAAAGGCCAAACUUUUGAGAUUAAUAGGGUUUCUUCAGAUCUCAGUCCAUCACAGAUGGAUUACAUUAUGGAGUCAGAGAUCCAUGUUACACGUUGUGGUAUAUAUGUCUCCUUCACAAACUAUGAAACUCAACCCAUGCCAGUGAAAUCGAUUCUUAUCAAACUCGACCAAGUUAUAAAAGAGACAAUUAACAAGCUAUCAAGGAACGUUAGCGCCUGGCGGGAACCCAAGUUUACUGACGUCAUAAUGCAAGCCAUAUAAUCAUGAGACAAGCACGAGCUGAUCACGAGCUGUUAAUUCACAAUAGUCGUUCUUCCUUCUGGUUUCUGUAACGCACCAGGCAAUUAUAAAUAUAUGGAGUUUUAUCAUCAUCUGCAUCAUCUUUUGGUCAUACCAUUCGUUGUACUUUUUGGAUAUCUUGCUUUCAUGAGCAGCUUUUUAGAUUUCAACUGGAUGUCAAAGAUAUCUGUGAUUCAUUCUGCACCAUGUCAAAAUAGAUGUGACGUCAUUCUCUUAAACUCAUCAUCUGCAGCCGACAAGUUUGAUUCUUUCUCCUUAGACAUAUCACAAGCCUUGUUGGUUCACUUUCAUUGGAACAAUUCAGUAUUGAGGAUCGAGACACCAAAAGACCCGCAAGUCAUUUUGGAUCCUGUGAAUCUUGUUUGGGUUGAAGACAUUACAGCACCAUUUCUUUCCCUUGAUUUAGGUUUCAAUGUUUAUUCACUUACUACUUUAAAAAAGAAAGUACAUAAUAUGUCAGUAAUGGUAGACUUUGAUUCGCUGAAGUUCUUAAAGAACAUAAGCUACAGUUGUGUUACAGCGAGUUUGGCUUCAGCAUUCUUAACUAACGUCAGUCAACAAAGAGGUGUAUUGUGCUACGUCGUCAAUAAUUCUCUCUCGGAUGUCCCAGUGAAAUAUAAAUGUUGCAAAAAAACCUUCCAAACAGAGCAAAUUGAAUGUGAUAUUCCUGCCUCCAUAAACCCUCACAUGUCUGGAGUUUUCAAUAUUAUAGUAGUUGUGUCAACAAUAUUUUUUUUAUGUUUUCCCUCUGUUUUCAUCGUUAGCUUCCCUGAUGAAAAUGACAGUUCACAGAUUCUGAGUGCCAACGUCCAAGUUCGUAAUCCUUUGUAUCGUAUUGCGAACUUUGCUGUCCAAAAACUAUGGCAUUAUUCCGCUAAAUAUUAUUUUGCAAAUGUGAUAAGAAAACUGUUUAUUGGUUUUUCACUCCCUAUGUUGUUCUAUAUUGACUUGGGGCUUACUCUCUACACCGCCAAAUAUGACAUACCAAAGAUGUUUAAUGAUGCCGUGAGGAAAAGAUGGAAGGAAGAGAAACUGUCUAUGGUAGUGUUUGCAAUUGUGUCGUAUAGUAUUUUAGUCCUAAUUUUUUCUUUACUUCCACGAACUGAAAACCUAAAUUUUUCUUUGGCACCUGCUAAGGUUCGAGAUGAACAUCAAGAGUAUGUGCAUUACCUAUAUUCCUGCCAGAAGAAAGACUUUGACUUGGACUGGACGAAACCUUGMUCCUUGACUGGAAAAAUGUUCAAGAAAUUAUGUUUUGUAUGUCGAGAUUCCAUUUUCUUGAGGAUUUAUUCAUGUCUAGUCAGCAGUUUUCUCAUAAUGAUUGUAUUUCCCAUAAUUGCUGUGUUAAUUUUCAUUGGUUAUGGUUGGUACGUCUCACCGUUUAGCCGAAAGAUGAGCCAUCUCUUUUGCCAUAUAAGUAUCUACUUUCUGUGGCUUUCAUGGCACUUCGGUGAAGCGGAACGUUGUUUAGGAGUGGUACUUGGUGGUUUUGUAGUUGUAGCGAAUAUAUCGUUUGGAAUUAUACUGUUCCGUUCACUAAUAUUAAUCUCAAGACUCAUUACAUAUCUCUGCAUGGGAAUAGUGGCUAGUAAAAAUUACUAUUUGCCUCUUAUUGCACUUUUUAGCCUUUUUGUUUUCUAUAUUUGGAACUGUUUUAGCUCAGUUGGAAUGGCAUAUAAAGAACUUCUUAACCAAACAUUCGACAAGUGUAAAGAAUACAACAAAAACAAUAGAAAAAUCAUAUUAGUCAAUAACAAAGGGCUACCAAAAAUUCCACAACUGAGCGACAUUUUUCAGAAAGUUGUCGACGAGAUCAUGCCAUUCAGCAAAGCCUACACAGUAAUGUGCGUGAGAAUUUCAAUAAUUGGAUCGUUUUUGCUCUUAACCUAUUACUCCAUUUUGGUUUAUGGAAAAACAACUCUGAACGAUUUGACAAAAACUUUGGCUGUUUCGUUGGCCGGGCUAAUUCCAAAAUUCGUCGAGAUAUUUCAUAGUGACAGCUCAAAGGAUUUGAUUGACAAAGAAACUGAGUAUAGGAUCAAUAAGAUAAUACAUGACUUUUGGGACUUUGGGAAUGCACACGCGGUAAGAGAAGUUGGAAUUCAAACAGAAAUGAACCCUUUGGACGAUAACAGACAGCAAGGAAACCCUGGAGAAACGUCUGUUGAUUCAGAAAACCGUAAUUCUAAUAUCUGCACCAGUAGAAGCACUAGUUUUAGAGGGUCAGAAAGAGAGUCUCAAGGAUCUUGUCAGUUAGUGCAUGUAGAUAGUAAUCCAACAAGUAUCAAUUGUGAUCCAAGCAAUGAGAUGACUCCAUUGCUCCACUCACAUUCAGGUCCGAUGUUCGAUAAUAGUAUAUGAUAGAACGAAUAUUCGUGGAUAGACCUAGGAGGAGGGGGGAUGUACAAACGUGAAGGUCGUACUCGGCCGUACACAUUUCCACUAUUUUUGCUUAAUUCAAUGCGACCAUGAAUAUACGCUUGUUUAGUUCCCUAUCAGAUUGCUGGAUCUGUAAUAGUCUAUAGUUUGAUGGAUCCUAAUAGUAAUUAACGGUUAGUCUAGCUAUAGUGCAUGUCGGUACAUUGAUUCAAACUGAUUUAAAACCUCGCAAAGGUCUAUGAUGCGACAUUAAAACUGAGAUCUUUGCUAGUGUUGGGUUGCG